UUUUAAGCGAGAGGUUGCCGAUGUAGACAGCAUUAGCGCAGAGUGAUCGCUGAAGGACGCAUCAGGGAAGAAGUGGAACUCAUAUAACAACGAACUUUCACGAUGGCGCCGACGAAACAAUCAUGCACAUUUCUCCCAACAGAUGGCGCCGACAGUCCACCCCGUGUCGCCCUUUGAUCCGACCAGUGACGCCUCCAACCUGCGGAAGGCCAUGAAGGGCUUAGGCACCGAUGAAGACGCCAUAAUUAACAUCCUCACGAGCAGGACGUCGAGUCAGAGGCAGUCGAUCAUGGCUGAAUACAAUCACACAUAUAACAGGGAUCUGGUGAAGGACCUGAAGAAGGAGCUGCACGGGAAGUUCGAGGACGUGGUCGUGGCCCUGAUGACUCCCCUGCCGGCGUACCUGGCCGAGGAGCUCCACCACGCCGUGAGCGGGAAGGGAACCAACGAGAAGACUCUGGUGGAAAUCCUUUGCACGAGGGACAACGCCUCCAUCAGGUCUAUUAAGGACGCCUACGAACUCAAGUACGACAAAAAGCUUGACGAUGUGGUUAAGAGCGACACUUCAGGUGAUUUUGAGGACUUCCUGAUGUCUCUGCUCGCCUGUGUGAGGGAUGAGGAGUCCUUCGACCCCGCUCUCAGUCCUCACCUCGCCGAGAAGCUGUACAAGGCGGGCGAGGGCCGGAAAGGAACAGACGAGGAGGAACUGCGCCGCAUCCUGGUGUCCUACUCCUACCAGCAGCUGAAGGACGUCUUCUCCGAGUACCACAAGCUCGCCGGGAAGACGCUGGGAGAGGCUCUCGACGAUGAACUCUCUGGAGAUCUGAGAGACGCCAUGAAAGCUGCUUAUAUGUGCAUCCAAAACCAGGCGGUGUUCUUCGCCCAGGAACUCCACGCGGCAAUGGCAGGCUUCAGAACCAGGAACAGGGCCCUUAUCCGGCUGGUGGUGACGCGCUGUGAGGUGGACAUGCAGGAGAUUAAGCUGCAGUACCAGAGUCUGUAUCAGAGGCCGCUGGAGAAGGAUAUCAAGGGCGACACUUCCGGUGACUACAGGAAAAUCCUCAUGGCUCUCGUGGUUGACUGAAAUGC